AUGUGCUCCAUAGCUAUAAAGAAGUUUCGCGUCACAAAGGCAGCUCCCAAUUUCGAGAUCACAAUAACUUCGACACUGAGUCGUGGUGAGCCGUCGUCGAACAAGGGAGAAACCAGCAGUAACAAAAUUAACAAGACGACAAGCCAAAUCGUAGGCAAUACAACUGACACAACGACGGGCUCACCAAUUAUCAUAAGCAACGGGGUGGCGGCAAACGAGGAAGAAGGACAAGAAGUUGGUGGUGGUGAUAGUGGAGAGAAGAAGACGUGUAUGCUUUCUGGAUGGAAGUCAAGAGAGAGUGAACGGAAUAAAGUUCGUCUCAGAGAUACUGAAGGUUUUCGAAUCAGAUCUGCUGCUCUAUGCAUUAAAGGGACUGGUAAAGAGACACUUGUCUUGCUUGUCAGUGGUGGAAAAGACGGAGGAAAAUGGGUCAUACCAGGUGGUGGAAUCGAGAAAGACGAGUGUGCAGAAGAGGCGGCUCAUCGAGAAUUAAUGGAAGAAGCCGGAGUCCGAGGAACGAUUCUAAAAAAGAUUGGCAUGUUUCAAGACGACGUGCGUAAGCACCGAACACAAGUUUUCCUGAUGGAAGUAUCAGAAGAGCUUCAAACAUGGGAAGAAAAUGAAUAUGGACGGCAGAGGAUAUGGAUGAACAUCGUCGAAUCAAAAGAAAAAGUGAAACAAUCACAUCGUCCAAUGCUUGAUGCCCUGAUGAGGUAG